GGCGGCGCUCCGUACAGCCAGCCUCACCUCUCUGAACUCUCAGGAGUCUUCCUCUCUGGACGUGUCCCGCCUGACGGAUCGUCAGCAGGACGAGUACCGCUCCGCCUAUGACGAGUACGUGUCUCAGAUGGCCCAGACUGAGCUGAGCGGCGCGGAGCGACCCGUGCAGCCGCAGCCGGUUCAAUUCCUGUCCUCCUCCGAGAGCAGGGAGGAGACGGAGGGACGCAGAGCCACGUUCGGGAAGAGGACCGGAGCCGGAAAACACACGACAACAACCACCGAUAAUAACAACCCAGACCUGGACCCCAUCAGGGAGGAAGACGAGAAGAACAGCGAACACACAGCGGGGGCGAGGGCGCGGAGCUACAAGAAGAUCGAAGAAGACGAGGAGUUGAAGAAGAUCACGGCGAUGAAGGGGAAGGACUUCCUGUCCGACGCCACGCUGGACAAAAAGGAUUCGUCUGAUUCUGGCGUCCGCUCCAACGAGAGCUCGCCCAAUCACUCGCUGCAGGACGAGGAGGCGGAGCUAGAGGAGGACAGGAAGCGCGGCGGCAUUCCCGGCGUCCCGGGCGGCGUUCCCGGCGUUCUUCAAGACGUCCGGAUGUCCAUCUGCUCCGAGGACUGCAGCCUGAUGGCCUCCAGCCCAGAGGACAGCUGGUCCUUCAACCUGAACUCCGUCUCGCUCAACAACAACUCCAACUCUAGGCCCCGCCCACUCACCACCACUGACCCCACCCCCCCCUCCUCCUCCUCCUCCACUGAUGUCAUCCUCUCCCCAAGCUCCGCCCCCCGCCCCACUCCCACCAAUGAGAACGUGCGGGUGGUUCACCUGCGGCGGGGGCUGAGGCCCGGCGACCCCCCCGAGGUCUGCAGCGUGUCGUCGGACACCGUGACCUUCGGAGACGAGAGAGAGAGCAUCCUGUGAUGUCAUCCAGCCUCUCAGCCAAUCAGGAGCAGGAGAGGGGACACGUCAGCCAAUCAGGAGCCUCCGGGGGACACAAGUCAGCCAAUAAGGGACAUUAAGAAAUAUAAAUUAGAGAUUAAAGACAAACAUUAGGAGAAGAAAAGUUAGAAGAAAUCUGAAAAACACAAAUUGGGUUUUGUUCAAAUCUAUAAAGUUAAACAAUACAACUAGAGACGUUUAGGAGGUGAAUGACUCUUUAAAGAUUAAAGUCCUGAACUUUAAAUAACUAAAUAAUGCUAAAUAUUUAAGAAACAGAACAUUUUAAAUAUUCAGAAAAUAAAGUCCUGAAUUUUUUGAUCAAAAUCACAAAAUAUACAGAAUAAAAGUAAAAUCUUCAGAAUUAAAAACAUUCAUGAACUCAAAGGAACUCAAAAGGAACUAAAAGAAGAUAAUUGAAUUAAAAAUAGAAAAUCUUAUUAAAAGAGAAUGAUGGUAAUAUUCUUUGAGAUUAUAGUCGUGAAGUUUUUCAGAAUAAAGCUCUGAUAAUAAAUCAGUCAAUUAUCCUUUGAGCUUCUGAUGAAGAGUUUUAAUAUUGAAAGUAAACAGAAUUCAGCGUUCGGUGUAAAAUGUAAGAAAUGUAAGAAGAAAACUUUAUGUAAUGUAAGAAAACUUGUCGUGGUUCCUGCAUGUCGAUGUUUAAUCUCUUAAAAAACAAACUGUCAAUCUAAAAACGUUUCUGUCGUUUUUUAAAUCUGUGAAAAAAGACAGCUUCUGUGAGAAAUCUGUGAAAACAGAGGUCUUUCAUUUAAAAUAACUUUUAUUACAUUUUCUUCAGAUGUUUAAAACUGAAAAUAAUAUUUAUUGAAAUUAGAAAAAAAAAUUGAAAAUAUUCCCAGAAAAUAUAUUCAUGAGAAAUUCCCACUCUUGUCUCAGAAUUCCCACUUAAAUCUCCAAAUGUCCAAAUUCCCAAUUAAAAAAAAUUCCCAAAUUCUCACCUAUUAUCAUAAUUCCCAUUUAAAUCUCAGAAUUCCCACCUUUAUCUCAGAAUUCCCACUUACAUCUCAGAAUUCCCACUUAAAUCUCCAAAUGUCCAAA